UCGGCUCGUGUGAAUAGACGAAAAAAAUAUGAGGCCAGUCGAAGACAGGCCAUCAAAAAAUAUCAACAAUGACAUGGGUAAAAAUUCUCUCGGGGAUUUUGGCGACCAAAGGAUCGACAUUCCGGAAAUGGAGAAUCACACGAGCUUCAGCUUUCGCAAGCUGUGGGCCUUCAUGGGUCCGGGCUUCCUAAUGUCCAUAGCCUUCCUCGAUCCCGGCAACAUCGAGUCGGACUUGCAAUCGGGAGUGACGGCUCAGUACAAGUUGAUAUGGCUGCUGCUCGGUGCCACCUGCCUCGGUCUGAUAAUGCAGCGACUGAGCUCGCGCCUCGGCGUGGUCAGCGGCCUUCACCUGGCCGAGAUGUGCUAUCGGCAGUUCCGCACGACGCCGCGGAUUCUGCUCUGGCUCAUGACCGAGAUAGCCAUCACGGGCAGCGACAUGCAAGAGGUCAUAGGCACGUCCAUCGCGCUCUACCUGCUCACCAGUAAAUGGUUACCGUUAUGGGCCGGUGUCCUGCUGACCAUCAUCGACACGUUCACCUUCAUGUACCUCGACAAGUACGGCAUGAGGAAGGUCGAGCUACUCUUCGGCAUCUUUAUCGGCAUCAUGGCCUUGACAUUCGGCUACGAGUACGUAGUGUCGGCACCUCCACAGGGUGAAUUAUUGAAAGGCAUGUUCACGCCCUGGUGCUCGAAUUGCAAUACAAGUGCACUGAUACAAGCCGUCGGCCUGAUCGGGGCCAAUAUUCAGCCGCACAAUCUGUACUUUCACAGCGCACUUGUUAAGUCGCGAAAAAUCGACCGCACCAAGCCCAACAAGGUGCGCGAGGCCUGCAUGUACUACUUCACGGAAGCGUCGAUCGCCCUGUUCCUCUCGUUUCUUAUCAAUCUCUUCGUCAUGUGCGUAUUCGCGCACGGCCUCUACAAUAAGAGCAACGCCGACGUGGUGAGUGACUCACUACACACUAGCCAAAUACACUCUGAUCGAUCGCAUCGCGCUAAUCAAUCUUUAUCGUAAUUUCUUUUCUGUUCGCUCGUAAAUAACGCCGAACCCUUCGAGGCCGACCUCUACAAGGGUGGCAUCUUUCUCGGCUGCUCGUUCGGCUUUACCGCGAUGAUCAUCUGGGCCAUCGGCAUACUCGCCGCCGGCCAGUCGUCGACCAUGACCGGCAGCUACGCCGGCCAAUUCGCCAUGGAGGGCUUUCUCAAUCUCAAGUGGCCGAGAUGGCGCCGGAUCGUCCUAACGCGCUCCAUCGCCAUCGUGCCGACCUUCUUCAUCGCCUUCUUCAGCAGCAUCGAGCAGCUCACGGGCCUCAACGACAUUCUCAACGUGACGAUGAGCUUGCAGCUGCCGUUCGCCGCUCUACCGCUCAUCGCCUUCACCAGUAGCGCCGACGUCAUGGGCGAUUUCAAGAAUGGACUGUGA